UCAGCGAAUCGGACCCAAAACCAAAAAUACGACUUGAAGGAAAAAAAACUGUAUAAGAAAAAUAUAUAAACAUCAGAAAUAUCCCAUCUCUCAUUGUUGAGCAGCUUGAGCUUUUGAGCACUUCUCUGUUUUUGGUGGGUUGGGUAAGAGUCAUCACACUGACCCACGGAUGCUGGAAAAUCCGACAUCAGCGGCAGCAGCCGCAGCAGAUCCACCGGCAAACGUGAAGCGCUAUGCUCCUCCCAGUCAGAGGAAUCGUCCUCUUAACAGACGCAAGUCCGCAGAUCGGUUUGAUCGAACUAACAAUCCUCAAGGCGGGAGUGAUUUGGAGAAGAAUCAAAUUUCUUCUUCAAGAAGUAUGUCUGGUAUGGAUCAUGGGGAUGCAAGUAGCAGCAGUCUUCUGAAUGAGAACUCUCGUCUAGGGUUACUAGCUCUAGAGGGGUGUAGCGGCAGUGCAGCUUUCCAGCUCUUAAAUAAUCGUUGGGCUGCUGCAAUGCAUUGCUUCAAUGAUCCAUCUGUAGAUUUAUCAGAAAGACCAGUUAUGUACACAGGAGGCGGAGCAGCAUGGGGUCAGUUCCAACUUCCUCAUCAGUUAAUGGCUUCAACAGGCGGUGCUGGGUCUCCUGGUUCAUCAAUGGACUUCUUGAGUGAACUUCGCCGCUUAAAGAACAUUUCCCAUGCCAGUUUUAGAACCUAGAAAUUAAUCCACAUAGCUCAAGAUAUUCAUCAGGAUCUGAAAGCAAACUUUGAGCAGGAUUCCAUGGUUGGUAGUAGCUUGUUGUAUUUCUUUCAGCCGGUGUUAGUAGCUGUUGCAUUUGUUCUCUGAAACCCAACAAUAUCCAUCUAAUUUAGUCCACCUUGGAUUUAUCGGACACAAACAUGGAUGUUUCUGCGUCUGGCAUGUGACACUUACAAAUGAUGCGGUUUGUGUAUGCAUACAUAAGUGGUUCUGUCCUUCUUCUGGGCGUGUCUGUGCGAGAGUGUUCAUUUGCUUU